AAUUCAGGGGCAACCCUCACCAUCCAGCCCAGUUCCAGCUCCACAAAUUCAGGGUUGGCUCCCAUCUCCUCACAACCAGGGAUAAUCACUUACCCCAGUUCAGAGCUCCCUACUACCUCCCACUCCAGCCCCCAAGUUCUACCUCCUUUACCUUGCAUUGGAGCCCCACUUUCCCCGGCCCAAAAUGGAGCUCUCCUCCAUACCCUCGGCCAACACUCUCCAGGGGACCCAGGUGUCCCCAAGUUGCACAGGAACCCAGGCGUGGUGGCAGCUGUGUGAAUGCUGCUGUCCAUCCUGCACACUGGGUCUGUGGUAAUGGCUGUGAGGCACUGCCACCAGGGUGUGUCUGAAGCUGGAUGAGGAGUCCAUGGUGAAGCAGGCUAAGCCCCCGCUGCAAUGCUGGCUGGUGUCUGAACACCUCCUUUUGCGUGUUCCUCCUCCAGGGGACGGCAAACCAAAGGUCAUCCUUUGCCCAUCAACCACCAGAGUGAUCUCUGCAGGGCUGAGAGGGGCCUUGGAUGGAGACCAGUUCCCUGGGAAGAGGCGAGGGAAUAAAGCGCUAAUGGUCCUCUGGGCCUCCUGAGUCAUGGAUUCGUGAGACAAACAUUUCUGAGUGCCCACUACAUGCUGGAGUCACAGUGCUCACCAUUUCCCCACCCUCAUGGGGCCCACGGUCUCAAUGGGGGUGGGAGGACAGACAAUAGCCAGGCAAUCAAAUGACAUCAUUUCAGAGGGCACUAAGGGCCAUGGACUCACAGAUUGGGGUUGUGGCCAUAUCCAGG